GGUUCAAGUUUGCCAUCUCUUUAUUUUUUUUUUUUUUUAGUACAAUAAAAAAUGUCGCCUGCUAUGGAGGGAUUGACUGACCAACAGAAAGAAAUUUAUGAAAAAAUAACGAAAAAUGAAGUUGAUGAACUUAAAACACUAUUGUCAACAUGUGAAACAAAAUUGGAUUUUGUUGAUAAAAAUGGAAUGAGUUUAUUGCAACAUGCAUGUUACAAGGGUAACAAGGAAAUUGCGCAGAUGCUUCUCGAUCAAGGGGUUGAUGUAAAUUCUUGUCAACAUGAACACGAAUACACAGCCUUACAUUUUGCUGCAUUGAGCGGGAAUUCAGAUUUAUGUCAUCUAUUGUUGUCUCAUGGUGCGCGAAUAUCAGCGACCAAUAGUGUUGGUCGUACUGCUGCUCAAAUGGCCGCUUUCGUUGGCAAUCACAACUGUGUCUCAACAAUUAAUAAUUUCAUCCCAAAGGCUGAUAUCGAUUAUUACAUUAAACCACAGGGCCUACAAACCGAGCCACUAUUACCUCCACAUCUUGCCGAUUCAUUUCACAAAUUUAUUAUGCAAAUCAACGUUCAUCCCGUACGUGUUGCAAUGAAUCUUCAACGUUGUCCUGGUCUUUUGGAAAAUCUAGAAAAGAUUCAAAAGGUAUUGGAAGUGAUGCGCCAUCGUGAAAUGACACGCGGUGCAGAAACAAAUGAAGUAAUUGCUUUCAAAUAUCAUUAUUUGAGUUUUGUAGUGGCGGAAGUGAUAAAAAGUCAAAAUCGACAGAAAGCAAUGAAAGCUCAAACCGCGACUGAAAAAGAAAAAUGCAACGAUGAAGGCGGCGGUGGUGAGGAAAAAAAAUCGGAUCCCGUCGAGGCUCUCGUACGACGUUUUCUCAAGUGCAAUAAAACUGACGGUAUACCAGAAUAUCAAGAGGCAUUUUUACGCGAAGCCGUUAGAGAAUUUCCCUUUAGGGAGAGUACAAUUUUUCAUCAAAUGGUAGCAACACUCGCUGGUACCGAUCCACCUUCGGCAGUUUCCGUUGUCUCAGCGGCAAUUAAUGGCCAACGUGGAUUUAUGGAUCAGGCACAAAUUUGCGUCACAUGUGGCGAGGAAAAAGUUACGAAAAAAUGCAGUAAAUGUAAAGCCGUGCAAUAUUGCGAUCGUGAAUGUCAACGACUUCAUUGGUUUAUGCAUAAAAAAGCUUGCGCACGUCUUGAAACAUCAACUAAUUCGGGCACAAAAUUAAGUCAAGAGAAUAAGGAACAAAUUGCAAAUGCCGUCAGCUCAAGGUUACAGAAUUUGACCGUUAAUUAAGAGAGGAAUUUGACUUUUUUUCUUGGGGGGGGGGGGAAGGACGCUUCGAAUAAGUUUCAAAAAUCAGAAUUAUAAUUUAAGUAGAAUUUUAUUAGAUAUAAUUUUCAUUAAGCCGAAUUUUUAUUAUUAUUUUGCAGAAUUUUCAUUAAACCAAUUUUUUAUAUUAGAGAACUUUUCAAUAAUCGAAAAUUUACUUUACAGUUUUUUUAUUUCUUCGAAUUUUUAUUUGAUUGACAUCGGCAUGAUUUUUCAAAUAAAAAAUUUCAGCAAUUAAAAAUUCUAAAUUCGAAGUAAUAAAAAUUAUGUGGAUUAAAUUUUUGGUUAUUUGAAAAAUGUUGUAACAGAGAAAAUCGGUUUAAUGAAAAUUUUACUAUAAAUAAUAAUUCGAAGAAAUAAAAAUUCGGUCCAAUGAAAUUUAUAUCUAAUGAAAUGCGAUUAAAUGAAAAUGCUAAUAAUUUGAUUUUUAUAACUUAUUCAUUCGUCCCUUUUUUUCUCAAUGUAAAUAUAGAGGAAAAGUUUUUUUUUUCUUCUUGUCCCGAAAAUUGAAAACAACACGUAGAAAAAGAGUCUGAAUUCUGUAAAAAAAAGACCGAAGUCUGAAGAAGCUUUAAUUUUUAUUCAUCUAAAAGAAAUAAUUGACUCGUUAGGGAAAAAAGAAGAGGGUUUUGUAAAACUUUGGUCUAAAAAAAAAAAAAUAUUCGAGCUUCCAAAAAUUAGAGAAUUGAGUAAUUUCUGUAUAGAAAUAAUGAAUUUCUUAAUCUUGAUAAUUGUAUUCAUUUAGGAAAAUAUUUUUUUUUUCGAAUUUAGUAGCCAAUUGACAAAUUUAAAAUGAAAAUUCAUUGAUUAGAGAAUUGUUUUUUUUUUUUUUAUUUUAAAUCAAUAUUGAAUUUUUAAAAAG